GCCCUCCUUAGCAGGCGCCGGAAAUUUCGUGGAACGAGAAUGAUCGGCGACAGCGCUCGCGCAACGAGAUCGAUCUCAGCGGAGGCAAGGAUUUGAUCUUUUGCGACGAGCAGCUGAUGAUCAAGUUGGAUCGAUACGAUAGGAGGAUCGAUCGACCGAUUGAGGAGUACGUCGUCGCCGGCGGGCCGGCCGGCCGUUGGUCUCCUCUUUCCUUUUGUUAAUUUGCUUGCAUGAGCAGAGGAUGCGGGUGGUGGCUGAUGAGGAGGACAUGCUGCCGUCCACGCCGGGGAAGGUGAAGAUCGAGCGUGCGGGCACGAUGAGCCGGCAGCUGCACCGGUGCUUCGCGUCCACGGGGACCAUGUUCCUGUGGGCGCUCUUCCUGGUAGCCAUGACCGCCACAUACCUCAGCUUCCAUUCCUUCGUCGACACCUCGUCGCGCUACUUCGCCGCGUCCUGGGGCGGGCUGCACUGGGAGCGCCAGAUCCGCGCGUCGGCAUCGCCACGCCGGCCGCCAGGGUCGGCGGAGGGCGCCGGCCUGUCCGUGCUGGUGACCGGCGCCGCCGGGUUCGUGGGCACGCACUGCUCGCUGGCCCUUCGGAAGCGCGGCGACGGCGUCGUGGGCAUUGACAACUUCAACAAGUACUACGACCCGUCGCUCAAGAAGGCCCGGCGCGCGCUGCUGGCGUCGCACGGCGUGUUCGUGGUGGAGGGCGACAUCAACGACGGCCGCCUCCUCACCAAGCUCUUCGACGUGGUGCCCUUCACCCACGUUCUCCACCUCGCCGCCCAGGCCGGGGUCCGGUACGCCAUGGAGAACCCGGCGUCGUACGUGCACUCCAACAUCGCCGGCCUCGUGUCCCUCCUCGAGGCCUGCAAGGACGCCGACCCGCAGCCGGCCGUCGUGUGGGCGUCCAGCUCCUCCGUGUACGGCCUCAAUGACGCUGUGCCAUUCUCGGAGGCGCACCGCACGGACCGUCCCGCUUCGCUCUACGCCGCCACCAAGAAGGCCGGCGAGGAGAUCACACACACCUACAACCACAUCUACGGCCUCUCCGUCACCGGCCUCCGCUUCUUCACCGUGUACGGGCCAUGGGGCCGCCCCGACAUGGCGUACUUCUCGUUCACCCGCAACAUCCUCCAGGGGAAGCCCAUCACCGUGUACCGUGGCAAGGACCACGUCGACCUCGCACGGGACUUCACAUACAUCGACGACAUCGUGCGCGGGUGCCUGUCGUCGCUCGACACGGCGGGCCGGAGCACGGGGACGGGAGGGAGGAAGCGUGGGCCGGCGCCGUACAGGAUCUUCAACCUGGGGAACACGGCGCCGGUGACGGUGCCGACGCUGGUGUCCAUCCUGGAGCGGUACCUCCGGGUUAAGGCGAAGAAGAACGUGGUGGAGAUGCCGGGGAACGGGGACGUGCCCUUCACGCACGCCAACAUCAGCCUCGCGCGGGAGCAGCUCGAGUACAAGCCCACGACGAGCCUGGAGAUGGGGCUCAAGAAGUUCGUCAGAUGGUACCUCUCCUAUUACGGAUACAACCGGGGAACACACACCUUCAACAACUUGUGACUGAUGAUGAUCUAUUAGCAUUGUUGUACUCUGCGUAGUAAAUAUGUUGGUUCAUUUUUCUCCUUUUGUUUGGCUGGGUCCUCCACUCUCUGAUCAGACUGACCAUGUUGUUUCUUUAAUUGAUGAGGAAUUACGAGGAAGAUAUUUUUUUGUUGGUGA